AUCCAGUUGAUUCAAAAAACUCAAACUGUCAGCACACUGUAGCCCCCAAAAAUUUUGGAUCAAAAUUUGGUUUAAAAAUUAUUUAUUUCGAUUAAAAUUAAAGUUGUUCGCGUGAAGAUGUCGAGCUAUAGACGACUUUACCGUGCAGAGCGUCUCAUGAAUCUGCUGAAGGCGAACCGUGGAAUGACGAGCACAGGCAGGCAACCGAUCUUCGAUGUGGAGACCAGAAAGGACUUUGAGCAGCGGGUGAUAAACAGUGACCGACCAGUGGUAGUGGAUUUCCAUGCCAGCUGGUGUUGUCCUUGCAAGGCUCUGGCCCCUCGACUGGAGAACAUCGUAUCUGAGCAGGGCGGUCGAGUGAGGUUAGCCCGCGUGGAUAUCGAUGAGCACGGUGAACUGGCCAUGGACUACAACGUCGGAUCCGUUCCAUCUCUGGUGGUCAUCAGCAAGGGCAAGGUGGUAAAUCGUAUGGUUGGCCUACAGACCAGCGAAUACAUCCGCAAGUGGCUCCAUAAAGUUGUGCCCCAAAAAUCAUCUGCGGAUGCGAAGAAAUAGAUCAGCAUGUCAAUCGAGAGUGGAAACACGUUCUUUGUAGGCUCGCUUUAAGUACGAUUAAACCAUGUUCAGGGCAACACGUUUUUAAUUAAA